GGCAUUGUGGGAUUUAAACAAUGGCUGAAGAAGAAGAUUUGGAUGCUCUUCGUUCAUUAGUGCUGGCAUCACUGAGGACGAAGAAUGUCGACAGUAGUCCCGGAGACAGGAGUCAAUCUGCAGACGAUAUUGGAGAAGAUGCAGAACUAAAGGCAUUGAGAGAGCAGGCGCUGCUCACGAAGAAAGCCACCGUUGCCAACGAGACAAGACAGUACCCUUCGAGCGACACGUCCGACCAGCCCGCGAGAUGGCCCAUAGGUUGUCGCGGUGGCAACCUGCUCGUCAUCCACACGAGGGAGCAACAGCUUCCGCGAUCGGCGCAGGCCUUCCAGCGAUCGGCGCAGGCCUUCCCGCGAUCGGCGCAGGCCUUCCCGCGAUCGGCGCAGGCCUUCCCGCGAUCGGCGCAGACCUUCCCGCGAUCGGCGGAGUACUUCCCGCGGCGCUUCCCCGCUCCGACGAUGAGCAUACGUGGCAGCUGGUCUGCCACGCGGCAACCCGUCACAGCAGCAGCAGCUACCCCGCCAAAACCCAAAGGCAGCGACAAGUUCAGCCGGUUCGAGGAUACGGACAGCGACGACGAUGAGGACAGCGUCAGCGAAUCAGAGCGAAGCAGCGUCCACAGCAACAGCAGCGACGACGACGACGACGACGUCAACAACAACGACGGGAGCGGCGACGACUCGGACAAGCGGGAAGUCGAGGCCGGCACGGAGGAAGACGCCGACGCGGCGGCGUGCAACGGCGACGACGACGACGCGCGUUCGAGCGCAGCGGCCGAUCUCCCGUCGAUCUCUCCGCAGCCGACGAGACCGGACACCGACGAACGAACGUCGCCGUCGCCUCCUCCCGCCGCCGCCGGCGCGAGAGAGAGUCGGAGCGACGCGCGAGAACGAACAGAGAACAGCGAGGACAGGCUCCAACGCCGCGACGACGAAUGACGAGAGCAGAAGCGAAGA